AUGACAAGGAUGACAUCUCUAGCCAUUGAAGACAGCAACAAAAAGAGUGGCGUGGCAAUGAGCAAGACCAGUGCCAUGCAGGGCACUGAGCUGAGAAUGUGGCUUGGAACUGCAAUUCUAAUUUCUUUUGCUGUAUGCUGGGCUUUGGAGGAGGCAACUGUUGAGGAAGGAAUCCCUUGCUCAAAGUACCAGACAGCUUUCAAACAUUCAUGCUAUGAGUUUGUUAGACUUCAGCGCACCUUCAUAAGUGCCCAGAACUGGUGUGAGAGAGGAGGGGGGCACCUUGCCUUUAUUGAAAAUGAGGAAACUCAAGAGUUCUUGCAAAAACAUAUCCCUGAGGACCGGGAAUGGUGGAUAGGACUGAUCUCAAACACCUUGCUGAACGAAACUACUGACGGGUCAAUGAUUUGGCUGGACACUUCAAAUAUAAGCUACAGUAACUGGUACGCGGAUCAGUCAUCUUCCUUCUCAUCCACAUGCGGGUACAUCCUGAAGAACGCCAAGUAUCAGUGGGGUAUGACUGAAAAUUGCAGCCAGGAAUUUGACUUCAUUUGUGAGUUUGAAUCUGGCCAGAGCAUUGCUUGUAAUAAUUACAAUGCCACUGUACAGUGUGGAUCAGGAGAAGUUAUUCAGAUUGGAGAGAGUUUCUAUGGACGGAAGACCCCUCACUACUGCGUAUUGGAGACGUCUCUCCAGUAUGAUGGAGAUGAAGACUGUAGCUGGAUCAGUGUCAAAGAUGAAGUAGCAGGACAAUGUCAUGGUCUCCAGGCUUGCCAGGUAGCAGCAGACGGCACUUUCUUUGGAGAUCCUUGUCCAGCCUCUGGAAGCUAUUUGUCUAUUCAGUACCACUGCAAGGAAGGUCUGCAGCUGGCUGUAACAGAUACAUGCUUUGUCUUUGAAAAUAUCACAGUCACUUUGAACUGGAUGCUCACUCCAUACUCCGGCAACCUUUCAUGUAUCAUUAGCACUGGAGAUGGACACGCUAUUGAUCCCUACUACCCUCCAGCGCUGGUCAGCAGUGUCACACACAGAUAUUCAUCUCCUGGAGAGUUUACUGUUUUUGUGGAAUGCACAACCAGCGAAUGGCAUGUGACAGCUCAGAAACGGGUGACUGUUCAGGAUAAGAUGGAUCAGCUUAGCAUUACUAGGUGCUACAGCCAGUAUGAAUCUGGAAACAGCUCUCACUGCCGGACACUGUAUGGGGAGUUGCUAUGGAUUCAAGUAGAACUCAAUGGAGGUAAUGGAGUGACCUACGUUAUACUAGCAGAUAACAUGACACUCACUGAAUCCAGUGCAAAGGAAGGAAUUGUCCCUCACAAUCUGACACUCAACAGUACCUCUCAAGAGCUACUAGGCCCAGGGAUACAUCAGCUGCAAAUCCGAGCAUCCAGCAAUACAACCUCAUCGGAGAUCUUCAAAAGCAUUGCUGUUCACCUAAUUGAGCCUAUAUCUGGUCUUCAGGCUGUAUUAGCUUCUCACACUCUGGAGCUGGGGGAGAAUUUAGAGAUAAAUGUCUCUGUGUCUCAUGGAGCCCCAGAUAAACUGAAGUUUGAGGUUGUGGGAUCUAAUGAAACGCACUCUCAUGAGGAAGACAGCCCUCAUGGGGAGCCUCGAACAUACAGCAUACCCACGUCCUCUGAAGGUACUUUCCUGGUAAAAGUGGUGGCCAUGAACGCCUUCUCAAACCUGAGCAUGGAUAUUGGGCUCAUCAAUGUGCUGGCAAACAGUUCCCUUAAAGAAGGUAAUUGCAUUAUCCUGACAGUGCCAUUUUUGACCACAAAAAACAAAAUGUAUAUUAAACCAAGUCGUCAUGUGGAUCCUUUCACAACUGUUACACUUGGCUGGCCAGACAACAAUGAUAAUUCCAGUUUCCUCUGGUCCUGUGGAGCUUGCUGGGCUGAGUGGAAUGACUGCGUGCGGCAACAGAUAAUACUAAUCAACCAAACUGAGGUGCAGAUCCCGCCUUCCUGCCUUCCUCCUCCAAAGUCAGCAGUGACUGUGAAAGUUACAGUCCGAAACCAUGGAAAUGAAGAGAGGCAAGAUGAGCAAUGUCUGUACGUGACUGCAAAACAAGAGCUGCAACUAGAAAUCAGGUGUAAGGAAAAUUGCAAGCCAGUGAAUGCUAGCAAGGAAGUUGUUUUGAGUGUCUCUGGACAGAAGGACUCCAAGGCAAUAUAUUAUAACUGGUAUUUAGAUAACACAUUCCAAACCAAGCCCACUCCCCUCCCUCCAGUCUGUAGCUUGACCGGGUUCUGGCAGAGCUCUUUGAAUUUGCUUCAAAGCAACAGAUCCAUGCUGACAAUGAACAGCUCUUUCUUGCAGACACAUGGAGAAGCUUUUCAGAUUAAAGUAACAGCACUGAGUCAGCGUGGAUACGGCGAGCAAACAUACCUCGUCAGCACAGUGCCUCCGCCCUUGAUCCCAGAAUGUGCUGUGUCUCCCAAGGAGGGAUCAGUGCUCACCACUUUCACGGUCUCCUGCAGUACCUCCUGCUUAGUGGAUCCAUGCCAAUCCAGGCGUGACAGGCAGCUCACAUAUUGCUUCUAUCUGAAACCAAAUUCUCUCCUGCACUGCGGCCCAGAUCCUGAACUCUUCCCAGUUUAUCUUCCACUCGGAGAAGAGGAAAAUAAUUUCACUUUACAUAUGACAAUUACUGUUAGCAAUGACUUUGGUGAUACGGUUCAAACUAAUGCUUCAGUGAAGGUUGGACACACAGAUACGAUCAAUGGGAACCUGUCCCUGCAGACCAUUGUAUCUGAGAAGGCAAACAUCAUUCUCAAAGAUGGGAACAACAGCAUGAGUCUGUUCCAGCUGUAUAAGUCAGUGACUUCAGUCCUUAAUCAGGAGAUCCAAGAGGAAAGUCUUAACAUAUCUUUGCAGAUGGACACACGAAAAGAGCUCCGAGGGCUGAUGCUGACAACUCUGUCUGCCGUUCACGUAACAUCAGUACAAACUGCUCUUAAGAUGUCAGAAGUAUUGAAAGAAAUCACUUACAGGAGUGAAGAGCUGUCUGUCUCAGCACAGGUAGAAGCCAGCAACACUCUAAAAGGUGUCAGUGCUUCCUUGCUUACUGUAAACAUAGAGGACAGCAGAGACGAUCAGAAGCGAAAGGAUGCAGCCAACUAUCUAUUUAAUGCAGUUAGCAAUGUGCUUAAAGCUUCUAUACAAAAUAGAGCUGUGAAUACGUCAGUGCCAGAGGCAGAACAGAGUUCAGUGUCACACCAGCUCUUGAAUACGGUUGAAAAUCUACAGAGUGCCCUUCUGUUUGGGAAAGAACCAGAUGAUGAACCAGUGGUCCUUACCACUCCUUCUGCCACAAUGUAUAUAAACAGAUUACAAACAGAAAGCAUGGAUGGGACAUCCAUUAACAUUUCCAAUUCCAGCUCUGCCAGCUUUAUUCUCCCACCUGCUUCCUCCCUCAGUGUUUCAGGAGUUGAUGAUGAAACAGUGGAUAUAAGGAUGGUGAGCUUUGCAGUGAACCCUUUUUUCUCCAGCGACACCAGUUUUGAUGUCAGUGGAACAGUGGGAGGUUUAAGUCUUACCGGUCUGGAUGGCUUGAUCAUACCAGUCAGCAAUCUCAAAGAAAAUAUCGAGAUUAUGCUACCGAGGCUUUCAGCAACUCAGGAAGACAGGAUUCUUUUGAAUCUGGGCAAUUUUAGCGCUUUCCAAGUCAAUGUCACUUCAGAAAACACAUCUAUAGUGAUCCACCUGGAAUCUGAACAAGACAUUCCACUAAUACUCUACUUAGGAUAUGGUUUUCGUCCAAAUGAAACUAACUACGAUAUCAAAAAUCAUCUCUAAAAUAUUUAUGUUCAAGGUGAGGAAAACACCUGGGUUCUUAGUCCAGAAGAACUCUUUUUUGGAGCAGGAACUUACUAUUUCAUGGUUUUACAAGAUAUGGGAAUGGAUUCUACAGUCAAUGACAGACUAACUAUAGCUGUCACUUGCUUCGCAUCCCGCUGCGCAUUUUGGGAUGAGCACCGCAGGAACUGGAACAGCUAUGGGUGUCAUGUAGGACCGAAAACAAAUCCUAGAAGCACACAGUGCCUCUGCAACCAUCUGACCUUCUUUGGGAGCUCCUUCUUCAUCAUACCCAAUGCCAUUGAUGUUAGCAAAACUGUAGAGCUAUUUGGUACAUUUGUGGACAACCCUGUGGUGGUGACAACUGUAGGAUGUAUCUUUCUGGUGUAUGUGCUUGUAGUUAUUUGGGCUCGAAGGAAAGACAUCCAGGAUGAUGCCAAAGUGAAAAUCACCAUACUGGAAGACAAUGACCCCUUUGCUCAGUAUCGUUACCUUGUGACAGUUUUUACAGGACACCGCCGAGGGGCAGCCACAACCUCUAAGGUGACUCUCACCCUCUAUGGACUGGAAGGAGAAAGUGAGCCACACCAUCUAACUGAUCCUGAUACACCAGUCUUUGAACGGGGAGGAGUGGAUGUUUUCCUACUCUGUACUCUCUUCCCUCUUGGGGAACUGCAGAGUAUUAGGCUGUGGCAUGAUAAUUCAGGGCUCAGUCCAUCCUGGUAUGUGAAUCGAGUAUUGGUCCAUGAUCUGGCAUGGGACCAGAAAUGGUAUUUCCUCUGUAACUCUUGGCUAGCCAUUGAUAUUGGAGAGUGUGUCCUCGAUAAAGUGUUCCCAGUAGCUACAGAACAGGACAUGAAGCAGUUCAGCAAUCUGUUUUUCAUGAAGACCUCCAAGGGCUUCCAAGACGGACACAUCUGGUACUCAGUUUUCAGCCGCUCCCCACGAAGCUCCUUCACACGAGCCCAGCGCGUGUCAUGCUGCUUCUCACUGCUGCUCUGCACCAUGCUGACUAGCAUCAUGUUCUGGGGUGUGCCAAAGGAUCCAGCAGAGCAGAAAAUGGACCUGGGUAAGAUCGAGUUCACAUGGCAGGAGGUGAUGAUUGGCUUUGAGAGCUCCCUCCUCAUGUUCCCCAUCAACCUGCUCAUUGUGCAGAUCUUCAGGAACAUACGAUCCCGGCCAACCAUGCAGGGGAGAGAGAAGAAGCCAGGGAAGUGUGGUCGUGUGUCCCCAAGCCUACCUCCCACACCACAGGUCACCCAGGCUGUCUCACUCACUCCAGAGGCUGUGAUAAAGGACAUAAGGAGAAUUGCCAGCUCACUGUUUAAAGCCCUGAAGACUCCAUCACUCACCUCAGUAUCAGACCCUGGAAAAUCAACUAACAUCAACACACUUUUGGCAUUGGUUGAGGACAUCAUCUGCCAGCAGAACAGAAUCGGCCAAGAGUUUUAUGAGGAGAGUAAAAAGAAGGAUGACCCUAUAAUUGUCACAAUAGGUGCUGUGGAUAUACAAGAAAAAACAAGAAGCCCAACUCCAGAGAAGGGAAUGUGUGAGCGGCUGAAAUACAGUGACUACAACCGCUGCUUGUACAUGCAGCUCCAGCAUGUAGAGAUGGAGCUGGAACUACUGGGGCCCCAUAAGUUUCAGAUGACUCCUGGAGAACCGGAUCUGCUCAUCAGCAUCCAUCAGCGAGAGCUGGUGUCUGCAGACUUCCCCAUAUUUUUGCUCUCUGUACCUUUUGCUAUCCAUAUAUCCUGUAUAAUUGCAUUAGUUAAAAGAACGUGGUCCCUCACUCCAAGCUUCUCCGGUGAUGGCAAGAAAAGCUCUUCUUCCAAAGGGCUGCCCUGGUGGUUUGUGUUCAUUGCUUGGUUCCUCGUUGCAGCCACCAGUGGUGUAUCUGGGUUCUUUACGAUGCUCUAUGGGCUGCAUUAUGGCAAGGAGAACUCCAUCAAGUGGUUGAUCUCCAUGGCCAUCUCCUUCUUUGAAAGUCUUUUCAUCACACAGCCUUUAAAGGUGCUGGGAUUCGCGGCAUUUUUUGCUCUGGUUCUGAAGAAGGUGGAGCAGGAGGAUGAAGAAAACACAGCUAUUGAUGGGUCUUUAUCUGCCCCAGGUGAUUCAAAUCUUCUCUUUGGAGCCCGACGGGACAGCAGAAGCAACAUCUACCAGCCACCUCCUGCAACAGAUGUUGAGAAAAUGAAAAUCAGCUGCAUGAAGGAGCAAAAAGCAUUUGCUCUCAUCAGAGAAAUCCUGGCCUAUCUGGGAUUUUUAUGGAUGCUGCUAUUGGUUGCCUAUGGGCAGAGAGAUCCCAAUUCCUACUACUUAAACAAGCACAUUGAGAACAGCUUUACAGAUGGAUUCCAGGAUGUCUAUAGUUACCAGGAUUUUUUCACAUGGGCAAAAACUACCUUAGUCAAAAAUCUUUAUGGAUCAUAUAAAGGNNNCAUUACAGAUGGCAAUUCCAAGCUGGUGGGUAGUGCCCGAAUUCGCCAAGUAAGAGUGAAAGGAGACACCUGCCCCAUUGCUCCCAAACUCCAGCGUGUGAUUCGGGAAUGCCAUGCCCCAUAUUCCUUACAAACAGAAGAUACAUCAGAUUAUGGGGAACACUGGAACACUUCAGCCUUUGAUAACUCCUCUGACUUGAGCUCAGCGUGGCAGUAUCAGACUCAGUCCAAACUAAGAGGGCACCCAAUCUGGGGCAAAUUCGCCAUCUACAGAGGAGGAGGAUAUGUGAUUCAUCUGGGAACAGAUCCUAAGAACGCCUCCAGAAUUCUCCAGUAUCUUCUCAACAACGUCUGGCUAGACACCUUUACAAGAGCAGUAUUCGUUGAAUUUACAGUCUACAACGCCAAUGUGAAUCUUUUCUGCAUUAUAAGUCUGAUGUUCGAAACAAACGCUUUAGGGGCCUUCUUCACAAGUGCAGACCUGCAAAGUAUCCGGCUUUAUCCAUACACCAACAGUCUCCACAUCUUUGUCAUUACAGCAGAAGUAAUUUAUUUCUUCUUUAUUGUCUACUACAUGGUAGUACAGGGAAGACUUAUGAAGACUCAGAAAUGGAGAUAUUUCCACAGCAAGUGGAAUCUCCUGGAGCUGGCCAUUAUACUGAUUAGCUGGAGCGCCCUGUCAGUGUUUGUGAAGCGCACAGUCCUAGGGACCCGAGACAUCAGCUACUACCAGGAACACAAAGAGGACUGUGUAAGCUUUAAUGAAACAGCAACAGCUGAUGCAGUUCUUGGGUACCUGAUUGCUUUCCUAGUACUUCUCUCCACAGUGAAACUGUGGCAUCUACUGAGGCUCAACCCCAAACUAAACAUGAUCACUUCAACCCUAAGGAGGGCCUGGGGUGAUAUCUCUGGCUUCAUCACUGUUAUUGCAAUCAUGUUCCUAGCCUAUUCCAUUGCCACAAACCUGAUAUUUGGCUGGAAGCUCUACUCUUACAAAACUCUUUUUGAUUCAGCAGAGACGAUGGUCAGUCUUCAGCUAGGAAUCUUCAACUAUGAGGAGGUCUUGGACUACAAUCCAAUUUUAGGCUCCUUCUUAAUUGGAUCCUGCAUCAUUUUCAUGACAUUUGUGGUGCUGAAUUUGUUCAUUUCAGUGAUUCUGGUUGCUUUCAGCGAGGAGCAGAAGCAUUAUCAGGCUUCAGAAGAAGAGGAGAUUGUUGAUCUAAUGCUAAUGAAACUUUUCAGUUUCUUCGGGAUUAAAUGCAAGAAGGAAGAGAAGCCAAUCGCUAAUGAUCAACUGGAAUAA